AUCACUUUAAAAAAAAGUUCAAAGUUUACGGUGCACGUGGUUAAAUCAACAUGGCGGCUCCCUGUACAAUUUAGUGAGAAGUAGAAUCGCAGAUAGCUAUAGGAAGGUAAGCAGAGUGAUGGCAGAUUUUAGUGGGAGUCUAGCGGCUGAUGCAACCCUCUCUAACGAGGAAAAAGCUGAAGAUCUCUCCCAAGACUCCAAAAAUGACGCUCCAAAGUCUGACGUUCAGGCUGAUAGCGACAAUGAGGCGGUUCCUGACCCCAGCAUAUACCGCUACAUCAAAGACGACCUCUUCACCUCCGAGAUCUACAAAAUAGAGAUCAGGAAUAUACCCAAGUUCGUAGGCUUCAACGACCUGAAAAAGUUCCUGGCCAAACACGGUAUUAGCCCCCACAAAAUCAAACUGUUUGGCAAGCAGACGUUUGCUUUUGUCACUUUUAAGAAUGAGGAGGAGCGUGAUAAGGCCAUGAAGAUGGUGCAUGGCAUGCAGUGGAAGGGCCAGGUGCUGAGCGUCAGACUGGCCAAACCCAAAGCAGACCCCAUCCUGAAGAAGAGGAAGCAGGAGGAGGGAGAGGGUGCAGGAGGGCAGCCAGCAUCCAAGCGAACAGAGGGAGAUGAUGAAGAGGAGCCACUACAUGUUCAGAUAGCCAAUGUGGUGACUCCUUUGUGGAAUGUGCCUUAUGAGGAGCAGCUGAGGAGGAAGGAGCAGGAGGUAGUGGGAGUUCUGCAGAGGCUUGCCAAAGAGAUUGGCAGCACCAACAAAGCCAUGUUACCGUGGCUGUUCGCACAGAAAGGCAAAUUCAACAAAAUGUGUUGUCCCCUGGAAGCUAUUCAGCCAUCUCCAACACAGACAGAGUACAGAAACAAGUGUGAGUUCCUCAUCUCAGUGGGUGCCAAUGGCGAGGAUAAGACCAUUGGUUUUCGCUUGGGAAAAUAUAAAGGAGGUUCCUGCGCUGUGGUGGGGCCGGCGGAGACCAGCCAUGUCUCUGCCGAAGCCAAGAAGGUGGUCAGUGAAUUUCAGAAGUUCAUCAGGACAACGCCAUACUCCGUGUACAGUCCUGAGACAUAUGAGGGACACUGGAAGCAGCUGACUGUACGUACUACAAGGACCAAACAAGCCAUGGCCAUUGUUUUCUUCAACCCACAGAAACUUGAAGAAGAGGACCUCAAUGCUCUAAAGAGCGCCAUGAGGCAGUACUUCACAGAUGGAGAAGGGAAAGAGAGUUGCGUGACCUCUCUUUACUUUGUCAGAGAGGGUCAGAGGACGUCUCCCAACCUGGAGGACCUGCCCUGUGAGCUGGUGGCUGGAGAGAACUGCAUUCACGAGGAACUCCUCGGUCUGAAAUUCAGGAUAUCUCCUCACUCUUUCUUCCAGGUGAAUACAGGUGCUGCAGAGGUGCUGUACUCUGCUGUGGGAGAAUGGGCACAGCUGGAUCAGGACAGCACGGUGCUGGAUGUGUGCUGUGGGACUGGAACCAUUGGCCUCUCACUGGCUAAAAGAGUGAAAAAGGUGAUUGGGAUAGAGCUGUGUCAGGAAGCAGUAGAGGAUGCAAAAGUUAAUGCAAAGCUCAACGGUCUAAGUAAUGUAGAGUUUCACUGUGGAAAAGCUGAGGACGUGUUCCCCAACAUCCUCAAUGCUCUUGUGUCACCCAAUGUCACUGCCAUUGUGGAUCCACCGAGAGCAGGCCUGCACUCUAAGGUGAUCCUUGCCAUCAGGAGAGCCGUGCAUCUGAAGAGGCUCGUUUAUGUGGCAUGUAAUGCCAAAGCAGCCAUGACCAACUUCAUUGAUCUGUGCAGAGCGCCUUCUAACAGAGUUCACGGAGCCCCGUUUCGUCCGGUGCGUGCCAUGGCCGUGGAUCUGUUCCCGCAGACGAUGCAUGUAGAAAUGCUUCUGCUGCUGGAGAGAGUCGACUAUGACUCCCAGCAGCAGACGGGCCCAGCUGAAACAGACCCCAUGUAAUACUGUAGGCAGCAUGUUCUUUUCUUCCCCAAAUGUAUGUACUCGCUACUUGUAGGAACCAUGAUAAAAUGAAUCAUUUUUUAUGUUUUUUAUUAGCUAGAUCAUGUAUUAAGAGAUCAGCUAACAAAAGAAAUCUGUUUUGUUCCAGUUUCAUUCACUUGCCCCAUGCUGGCCUUGUAAUGGUUUGAGAAUUUUCUAGAUCUAAGUGGAAUAAAGAUCCUCUCCUCUUACAAAGCCUUUCUUUCCCUCAACUAU